AUGGCAAAUGGAAACAAAUCUGGCGAUCCACAAGAAUUAAAAACACAAGGGUAUACGAUUAAUUUUGGACCGCAACAUCCAGCAGCUCAUGGUGUUCUCCGCAUGAUCCUUACAUUAAAAGGAGAGCAGAUCCUUAGAGCAGAUCCUCAUGUUGGAUUAUUACAUCGUGGGACGGAGAAAUUAAUUGAAUAUAAGACAUAUUUACAAGCUUUACCUUAUUUCGAUCGAUUGGAUUAUGUAUCGAUGAUGACAAAUGAACAAGCUUAUUCAUUGGCUGUUGAAAAAUUAUUAAAUAUUGAAAUUCCAGAAAGGGCUAAAUACAUUCGUACUUUAUUCGGAGAAAUUACUAGAAUCCUGAAUCAUAUUAUGGCUUUAAUGAGUCAUGCUUUAGAUAUCGGUGCAUUGACUCCUUUCUUGUGGAUGUUCGAGGAGCGAGAAAAGUUGAUGGAAUUUUAUGAACGUGUGUCGGGAGCUAGAUUACAUGCAGCUUAUGUUCGUCCGGGUGGAGUUGCGCUAGAUAUGCCACUUGGAUUGAUGGAAGACAUUUAUCAAUGGGCCACACAAUAUGGUACAAGGGUAGAUGAAGUAGAAGAAUUAUUAACAGAAAAUCGUAUUUGGAAAGAGCGUACUGUUGGAAUUGGUGUAGUCACGGCUCAACAAGCUUUAGAUUAUAGUUUUUCUGGUGUUAUGUUACGUGGUUCUGGAAUAAAAUGGGAUUUGCGCAAAGUACAACCUUAUGAUGCUUAUGAUAAAGUAGAAUUUGAUAUACCUGUUGGUUCUCAUGGAGAUUGUUAUGAUAGAUAUUUAUGUAGGGUUGAAGAAAUGAGACAAAGUUUAAGAAUUAUCCACCAAUGUUUAAACCAAAUGCCUCAUGGUCCUAUUAAAGUCGAUGACUGGAAAAUAUCCCCUCCUAACAGGUCCAGCAUGAAAGAAUCUAUGGAAGCCUUAAUCCAUCAUUUCAAAUUAUAUUCGGAAGGAUAUUCCGUACCUCCGGGAGAAACUUAUACGGUGAUUGAAGCGCCAAAAGGCGAAUUCGGAGUUCAUUUGGUUUCUGAUGGCACCAACCGACCAUACAGAUGUAAGAUUCGCGCUCCAGGCUUUGCUCAUUUGGCUGGAACAGAUUUUAUGAUUCAAGGUCAUCUUGUUCCUGAUGUAGUUGCAGUGAUCGGUACACUUGAUGUUGUGUUUGGAGAGAUUGAUCGCUAA